CCCCUGGUCUGAGCUCCGCCUUCCUUCUAUCUUUCCCACAAGGCAGCAGGAGCAGAGAGCAGCCAUUGCUGUGUCUGGCAGCAGACAUUCCAGCAGUGAGGAACCAGAGUCUUUAUUACACGUCACAUGUUCUGUAUUCUCAUCCAUCACUAAGCAUGGACACGGACAGGAGUCACAGGACUGAGAGGAUAAUAAAUAUCACCAUGGAGAUCAUCUACCUGCUGACUGGAGAGGAUUACACAGUAGUGAAGAAGACAUCCAGUGAUUUUGAGACAUGCAGCAGCCGUCCCCGUGUGUCAGGAGGACUGAACAGGAACCGGAGCCCCAUCACGGUUCCUCAACCUUACUCACUGAUACAUGAGAGGCCCAAUGACCAGAAGAUCCUGGAACUCGCCAACAAGAUCAUUCAGCUGCUGACUGGAGAGGAGGGGGAGUAUAUAGAGAAACACAGGGGUCUGUACAAGGACGUGAUGAUGGAGAAUCACCGGCCCCUCACAUCACUGGAAGGACCCAGUAACAGAGAUACCCCAGAGAGAUGUCCCCGUCCUCUGUAUUCCCAGGACUGUACAGAGGAGAAUCACAGGAUCCCACAGGAGGAUCAGUUAGAACACCUGUUUGAUAUUAAAACAGAAGAUAUAGAGGGAGAAGAAGAGACGUAUGUGACUGAUAUGAAGGCUGAAGAUAUAGAGGGAGAAGAAGAGACGUAUGUGACUGAUAUGAAGGCAGAAGAUAUAGAGGGAGAAGAAGAGACGUAUGUGACUGAUAUGAAGGCAGAAGAUAUAGAGGGAGAAGAAGAGACGUAUGUGAGGGGUGAUCAGCUGUGUAAGGAGGAGGAAAUCCCUACAGAUAUCAGCACAGCAGAUGGACACACAAGCAGGAACAUCUCAGAAGGACAUCUAAUGUUAUCCCCGGAUUGUGACAUAAAAGAUAAUGACAGCAGACAGGAUUCUCCAGGAGAUAACCCCAUUACCCCAAUUAUACAUCCAGCUCUAUCAGCUGAUCCUGGGAAAUGUUCUCCUGAUCACUCUAAUAUUGGUGCAUCUAUUACAGCUCUGACAGUAGAUACAGUGUUUCCCUGUUCUAUAGAUGCCAAAUGUUUUACACAGAACACAAACCUUAUUACCCAUCAACCAGCUAAGGCAGAUGAGAGGCCAUUUCCAUGUUCUGAGUGUGGGAAAUGUUUUACACGGAAAUCACAUCUUGUUACACAUCAGAGAAGUCACACAGGUGAGAAUCCAUUUUCUUGCUCUGAGUGUGGGAAAUGUUUUAUACAGAAAUCAGAUCUUGUUAAACAUCAGAGAAGUCACACAGGUGAGAAGCCAUUUUCUUGCUCUGAGUGCGGGAAAUGUUUUACCCUGAAAUCAAAUCUUGUUACACAUCAGAGAAGUCACACAGGUGAGAAUCCAUUUCUAUGUUCUGAGUGUGGGAAAUGUUUUAAAUACAAAUCAGUUCUUGUUACACACCAGAGUAGUCACACAGGUGAGAAGCCAUUUUCUUGCUCUGAGUGUGGGAAAUGUUUUACCCAGAAAUCACAACUUGUUACACAUCAGAGAAGUCACACAGGUGAGAGGCCAUUUCCAUGUUCUGAGAAAUAAAUAGACUCUUGUCGCACACAAUAGACAUCA